AGAAUUUAUAAAUGUCAGGAUAUGUAAUGUGGAAACGAAACUAAAUGCAGACUCAUUAAUUCAAUCCUUAUAAAUUCGGCAUUUAAGGUGCUGGUGGAAAUGUAGUAAUUUUGAAUACAUAACCUCUACGUUUAGUAUUGUUUAGUAGUGAUUCUACGAAUAAAUUCGAAAGCAAAUGCGAUAUAUUUGUUCUUGUAAUUGAAGAUCAUUCCUUUUAUAAAGUUAAUAAAUAUUAUUAAAUAAUGUCCGAUGAAGAGGUAAUAAGGCGUAGGCUGCUGAUUGACGGAGACGGUACAGGAGAUGAUAGACGAAUAAAUGUAUUAUUAAAGUCUUUUAUGAAAUGGGUUCAUAACACCGAUGUCGACAACACUUUGCAUGAAAGAAUGCUGUCACAGCUUGCUCAGUGUGAAUUCGCUCAGAAAAAAUCUCGCCUAGUUUCAAAUAUGAGUCAAGAAGAAUUGAAAAACUACGAAGCAUUGUUCAACCACAUUGAAGUUGAAAUUGAAGAAGCCAAAAAAGAUAUAGAGGCAACUAAGCUUGAAUUGUUAGAAGCUAAACGUAUCCGGAAAAAUAGAAUAGAAUACGAUGUUUUGGCUAAAGUUAUUAACGAACAACCUGAUCGAUUGAAGACUCACACAAAACUCAAUACAUUACAUGAUGAAUUAGGCAGUCUAAAGGAAAAAUCAGAGCAAUUGGAACAUAAACUAGAAAUGCGUAGAAAACAGUUUCAUGUUUUAAUAUCAUCUAUACAUUCACUACAAGGAAUGUUAGAUGAAUUUGAUGAAGAAAUAAUGGAUGUAAGCCUCGAAAACUAUGAAGAAGCAGAUGUUCCUAUGUCACCUAAAGACACGAUUUAGUAAGGUAAUAUUUAAGAAUAUACGAAAAACUAUAGGAUGGAACAAUUUGUAAAAAUAAAUACUUUAUACAAAAA